AUGUCGGCGUUCAAGUUGCAGUCCGACAACCAAUUCCUCCGAACCCACAAAGGCCACCCGGGCGUCGUUUACGUCUACGAGUACAUGGACGAUCCCAACGUUUUCGCGAUGAUCCACGCCAGCGACUCCCGCUGGAAUUUGCCGACAGCGGUGGGCCAUCCCGCCGCGUUCAAGGCGCUGGAGGUCUGCGGCGUGACGAUCGGAGGCGAGAAGCUGAAGGAGCUGGCCAAGGACCUGACCCUGACCGACCCGAGUACCGGCCAGACGUUUCACCUCAUCGUCAACCGGCAGGGCCUCUGCUUCGUGUACGUGGCGAGCCAGCCGAUCGUGCGGCUGAGGAUCAACGACCACUUCGGCUGGUCCAAGUACGGGGUGAAGCCGCGGAUCAGCACGAUAUGGAGCGUGUGGGACAUGAGCAACGGCGCCGUUUUGGUUGCUCCUCCGACUGAAGAUGAUGCUGCUGAUGGUGGCGACAAGUAUUCGGCGUUGAACGAGAGCUGGAAGAAGGUCGUGGAGGAGAAGGAGAAGGUGAGGGAGGAGAAGGAGUCGUUGCUGAGGAAGUCGCUUGCGGAGAAGGAGAGAGAGGUGAUCGCUCUUAAGGCUGUGGUGAAAGCGCUGAGUAGCGACGAAUAA